AUGUUUCCGUGUAACCUAGACCAGCCGCUUGUUGCUAGGAGGCUGGCUGGGAUGAAUAUAAGCCUCGAGAUUCCAAGGAAUGAGCUAGACGGGUCGUUCACUAGUGCUUCUGUGGCAGAGACAAUCAGAGUGGUUGUUGUGGAGGAAGAAGGAAAGAUCUACAGAGACAAUGCUGAAUCAAUGCAAAAGAAAGUAUUCGGUUGCAAGAUCAUCAGUAUGUUGAUGGUUUUAUCAAGUUCCUAA